CUCAUCCUCGAAAACUUGAGGCUUCGAUCUGGCACUCGCCUGCCCUUGUCUCUGUUCUGUGAUCGGAACCUCGUGAUCCAUAUGAGGGCGACGUUAGCUGUACCCCAAGUCCGCGCCUCUCUGUCCCCUCCAUAUCUAAGUCCAAACCAACCUUCCUUGCCAAAGCUUCCACUACCGAAUCUCUGUCCGCCUUCUCAACCUGGAUCGACAGCGUGUUCAAGCAGCCAUUCAGACAGCGCCGUUCUGCUACUCCUGCUGUCGCCUGCUUCCUCGCCAGUUACUGCUCGCGAGCAUUUCUGCACAUUGCGCUGCUCCGCUCUUCCGAGCUGAACCCCCGUCACCUCGUGUAGAGCAAUCACGAAACUGCUGCAGUACACAUACCACAACUCUAGCACCACGCCUCAUCGAGAGACGGCACCGCCGCAAUGUCUCGCCCUCCCAUGCUUCCGCCUUUACCGACGGGAUUCGGAGAGAGCUCAGGACCGUAUCCUCCAGUUCAUCAGAGCAAUGGUCAUAGUCAAGGUCCGCCGCCAUUACCGCCUCAACCGCCAGGCAUGCUUCAACGCGAGCAGCAGCUUCGACAGCAAGGCAGAACAUCAGCAGGCGGUGGCGGUGUUGGCGCAUAUGGACCUCCUAUGCCUUCCAUCGUCCAACCUCAAGCUCAUCGAGCUAGCUAUGCCCCCGGUCAAAUCAUCAGCAAUGGUGCGCAGAGCUUUGGACAGCGUCAUGUAGGAGGAUUUGCUGCGCCUUCCCAACCUAUGCGGGCUCCCAGUCCUGCUCAACGGCCUCAGUACGGUGCGGCCCUGCAGCCAUCUUCUCAGCAUCAACGUUAUCACAGCUUGCAAGAACCGUCGACGAUUCACAGACCCGCAUCUGCCGCUCCUUCCUUUGGUGGCUAUCCAGCCCCUUCUGCUCUACCCUCACACAUGGCCGGUCAGCAUGUUGAGGGCGGAUCAAGAACAUUCUCCGUGUCUCACUCUGAGAGCAUGCCUCAAGGUCUGGGCGGUGGAAAUAGCAAUCCUGUGCCCGGAUUCGACAAGCUAGGCUUGGGACCGGGAGCGGGACACCACGAGGCGGGAGUCAGGAGAGCAAGCGCGAGCGAAGCUAGCGGAGGAGCAGGUCAUAACGGAUCAUCUGCUCAACAAAAUCCGGGCGGUGGUGGUGGUGGUGGCGCACCCCAGGUGCUGAAUGCGCCUUUGCCAGAUCUUGGCUCUCUAGGCAACAUCAGAGAUCGCGCAAUGGCGAGCGGCGAUGAACGCAAAAAGCUGCAGUGGGCCAAACAGGUUGUCAAGUACGUCGAGAGAAAGCACGAUGGCACGAGGAUAUCUGACCCUGCGCUCGUGCGCUAUGUGGACGAAGCCAUCUCUUUGAUUAUGAGGAGAGCGUCCAUCAACCCUCCAGAUGUCGAAGCGCUGUACCUGAGAGGCGAUUUGCAAGCCAGUGGCGCAUUCCCGACAUAUCUACGCAAAGAUCUCAAAUCCGCCUUCAACGACUUUGAGCUUUCGGCGAGGAUGGGAUACGCACCCAGCUGGUUCCGCAUCGGUCGCGAUUACGAAGUCUUGAAUGACGCCAAGCGAGCUCUGGAUGCAUACAAUAGGGGUGUCAACGCAUCUGAUACGGGAUGUGUGUAUCGGAUGGGUAUGGCUAAUUUGCUAGGACAGCUGAAUCUGCCCGUGGAUCAUACUCGCGCCGUUGCGCUGCUUCGACAGGCAGCCGACACCGCAGAUCUGGACACGCCUCAGCCAGCAUACAUAUACGGCAUGCUCCUCGCUGGCGAAUUCUCGCACGUGGAGAUACCUCAGCACCUUCUGAAGCCGACGCCGGAUCCCCGCAAUCCUCGCGCGCCAGCCACUCUUCAGUCAGAGGCUAGGAGGCGCGUAGAGAGAUCCGCCUACCUCAACUUUGCUCCAGCUCAGUACAAGGCUGGAUGGUCGUACGAGUAUGCUCAGCUGGAGUGCCCCUUUGAUCCGCUCUUGUCCGUGCAGUACUACUCCUUGGCCAGUCAGGGAGGCGAGAUCGAGGCGGACAUGGCCCUGUCCAAGUGGUUCUUGUGCGGCGCUGAUGGCUGCUUCGACAAGAACGAAGAUUUGGCGUUCACCUUUGCCGAAAAGGCUGCUCGCAAAGGUCUGGCCAGCGCAGAAUUUGCUCUGGGAUAUUACUACGAAGUCGGCGUUGGCUGUGAAAAGGAUGUGGAUCAAUCGAGAAAGUGGUACAAGCGGGCCGCUACGCAGGGCAACACGGAUGCCAAAGAGCGCAUAGAAGCGCUCGACGGCCCUGCACCUGCUGUGCUCUCUAGGGUGGAGCACGAAGCCCAGAUCGAUGCCAAGCUGGUGCGCAAACGUACCGAGGCCAAAAUGCUCUCCGAUCGAGCUGGCCGUGGCAGAGCGCAAGGCGGCAACAAUGCAGGCGUUGCCGCCCAAGGUAAUACAAGCGGAAGAUCGGGAGAAGCGGGUGGUGCGGUCGGAGGAGGAGGAGGAGGAGGCAGACAGGCUGCUCACGAUCUUUCGCGGAAGCGCACCAUGCGGAUGGUGGAGGAGACUACAGGUGCACCCAUUAGUCAAGCAGGAGGACGCGGACGAAGAGCUGGACGACAAAGCGAAUCCGCUGCUGUGCCAAGCAUCCCGAGCGGUCCGACACAGCAGCAAGGUCGUCUGCCCCAACAACAACAACAGCAGCACGGGGGAGCUGCGCCGCCUCCUGCAACGAAUCAGCCAGGCAGGCACGGUUCGGGCUACUCGCUGGCGGAGACAUACGCGCCAACUGCCACUCCACCCCGCAACAAUGCGCCUUUGCCCGCUCAGCAAAGACCAUCUUACCCGUCUCAACAGCCCAGCUCGUCAGCUAGACCAUCCGCCGGGAGACCUAGCGCCGGACCUCCUCAAGAUCUUUCCGGACCCAACAGUGGUACGCCGUCCAAAGCCCCUGUCAAGGUGUACGAGAGCUUCCAGGAAAUGGGCUUCGCUCCCACGAAGGCAAAGGAUGAUGAGAAAUGCGUUAUAUGCUAGAAUCGCGUGCUCGGGUCAUCUUCUCCGCGCUCCGCUUCCAAGAAAUCUUUCCACGCCCUUGCCCUGCUCUAGUCUUUCACUGCCUCACUUCUGGAUUUCGCAAGUGGCUCAAGUCAUCACCCGCACUCAUGGCGAGAAGUUCUUCUCCUGCCGCUACUCAUUAUACCCUUCGGACAAUGACGGGACAAGUGACAAUGACAUGCAAUUUUCUCCUC